GAUGGUAUAGGGAGUGGCGCCGAUCCGAUGGAUAGUAUCAUUGGGUUGUUCGAAUAUGAUCUGAUCCAUACUGUGCGUACGAGCAUUGAUAGCAAUAUUCGGUGUGGGAAGUGGUAUAAGGUGUCGAAUAGCAUGCAGGGUAUGGUAGCCCUUACGGUUCAAGAGGACCUCCUUAUGAAACCACCACUGAGAAUAUUAGCAUGGGACAUUGAGACCUCAAAGGCACCGUUGAAGUUCCCUGAUGCACAACAAGAUGAAAUUAUGAUGAUCUCUGUGAUGGUGGACGGGGAUGGAUACCUAAUAGUAAAUCGUGAGGAGGUUCAUGGCUAUAUUGAAGACUUUGAAUACUCGCCAAGACCAGAGUUUGAAGGCUUCUUUGAGUGUAUCAACUGUGAUAAUGAGAAGGAGCUCUUGGUGGCCUUCUUCGACCUACUACUGCGGACCAGACCUCAUAUCACCGUCACGUUCAAUGGGGACUUUUUCGAUCUACCCUAUGUUCACGACCGAGCUCAGAUUCACUCUCUGAACCUCUAUCAUCAGUGUGGUAUUUCGAGGCCACGUAAUGCUAUCAAGGGCAGCGACAGUGACUUUUGGAGCGGCAAGUGA